AAGAUGGCCACACCGCUUGUUGAGUAUUUAUCUAGUUAGAAAAUAAUAUAAGCUUGUCGUUAAUUGUGAAGCAAAGGACUAAAUAGUGGAGUCUGGCAGUCGCAUACAACGAACGAUUAUUUAUAUAUAUAUAUAUAUAUGUAUGUAUGUAUGUAUGUGUGUGUGAGAGACACAGAAGCUGUCUAGCUACAUUUUGGUGGCGUGUCGAUGGCUAGCUAACUAACGUUAGUAUGAAUGGGAACGCGGUCGCUGUUUUGGCUGCAAUGAGCUUGAUACUUGGCGAAAUAAAUUGCUAGAAGAAUAGUGAUAGUUAGCUAACGUUAACUGGUUUGCUUGCAUGAUCGCUUAAUGAUCUCGUAACUAGCAGAAACAUUCGAUUAACGUUAGAUAAAUACCUAACGUUAGCCAGCCCGGUGGUUAGUAAGCUAACGUAAACAGCUACUGUAGCUAGCUAACUUAAUUUGAUCACCGGACCCUUAUACAUUAUGAAAAACUGUGAGUACCAGCAAAUUGACCCACGGGGACUUUCAACACCCUCGUCAACGCAACCCUGUACCGAAAAUAAUGUGCAGAGGUCUCGGAGAAAAUGGGAAGUAUUUCCAGGGAAAAAUCGCUUUUAUUGCGAUGGACGGAUUAUUCUGGCCAGACAAAGUGGUAUCCUGCCUCUGACACUCGGCCUUAUCAUUGUCACAAGUGGCCUUUUCUUUGCAUUCGAUUGCCCAUUCCUGGUGACUCACCUGACCGUCUGCAUACCUGUGAUUGGUGGAGUGUUGUUUGUGUUUGUGGUCACCUCCCUACUGCAGACCAGCUUUACAGACCCUGGAAUCCUGCCUAGGACCCUGCCAGAUGAGGCUGCAGACAUUGAGAAGCAGAUAGACACCUCAGGUUCCUCCACGUACCAUCCCCCUCCGCGCACCAAAGAAAUCCUCAUUAACCAGCAGGUGGUGAAGCUUAAGUAUUGCUUCACCUGCAAGAUGUUCCGCCCUCCUCGGACCUCACACUGCAGCAUGUGUGACAACUGUGUGGAGCGGUUCGAUCACCAUUGCCCGUGGGUGGGGAACUGUGUGGGCAAGCGCAACUACCGCUUCUUCUACAGCUUCAUAGUCUCUCUCUCCUUCCACACCUCCUUCAUCUUCGGUUGUGUCGUCACACACCUCACGCUACGAUCCCAAGGAGGGAAUGGCUUAGUUCUGGCCUUACAGGAGAAUCCUGCCAGUGUGGUUGAACUAGUUAUUUGCUUCUUCUCCAUUUGGUCUAUUCUGGGGCUUUCAGGUUUCCAUACAUACUUGGUGGCCUUCAACCUCACAACAAAUGAAGAUAUAAAAGGCUCCUGGUCGAGUAAAAGAGGUGCAGAGGACUCUGGGAAUCCCUACACUUACGACAACAUCUUUACCAACUUCUGUGCAACGCUGUGUGGGCCCAUGCCCCCCAGUCUAAUUGACAGAAGAGGCUUUUUGCCCCCUGAAGACAUUCCACCUGCUGUUGCAGUGGACAUGGGGCGGCCCCCUUUCCUGGCCAAGAAUGACACAAACAUGGAGGAGAAUUGUCAGGGUUUUGCUCUGUCCUGCACAGCCUGAAGGGUAACUUCCUCAUGUAGAGGGUCGAUGUGCACUCAGAGAACUAAGGACCUUCUGGAGAGGGUGUUCCGCUCUCCUGAGCUCCAGGGCCUGUGGCCCCUUGGCACCCCCGAGACUGCCCCUGGCCAGGAGUUGAGAGCCAGACCAGAGUCCAGGUCCCCAGCCCCCUCCUCCUCCACUGGGCCUCCCCCCUCGAGCUGCUCAGGGUCUGCUGAUGGGCAUCUCCUCAACGGCUGUUCUGGGUACGCCAAUGGGUUUCCCCCCACGGGCUGCUCUGGUUCUGCCAAUGGGCAUCCCCCCACAGGGUGCUCAGGGUGCCAGGCCCCGUCCAUGGAAUGUCCCCCUGUGAACAGCAGCAAGAGACCCUCGCUGCACUCCAACAACCCGGCCUUCCGCCUGGCCAGUCCCUCUCCCUCCUUCACCCACAAUACCAUCAUCCUGGGAGACGCUCCUGACAUGGGCUUCAUCCCACUGCACUGAGCAGACUCAGUGGCUCCAGUAGGACUGCUUCAGAGAACAUUCCCCUUCCACACAGCUCCCUGAAACUCAUUAGUGGCUAAACUGCCAUUAACCUUUUGUAAGGGCUUUUUUUUUUAACCAUUAACUUUUUCAUGGAACGUACUGCUUCUUCUUCUGAACUCAGGACUUAAGCCAGUUUUUUCACCUGUCCUGUUGGUGAUGAAUUAGCUGGUAAACAUUAUUUCAUAGAAUGUUUUAUUCCUCAAAGGAAAGGACUCCUACUGGCAGCAAGUUAAACUUGGUAACACUGACAAGCACAGAUUUUAUACACGUUUUAUACACACUGAUUCAUAGAACAUUUGUUUCACAAAGCUUCAAGCCAUAUGUACUCACUUGGCUGGUGUUCCAGUAUAGUAACUAAGUAAGCAGCCUCUUUGCCUUUUAUGUACUCUGUUGUAUUACCUCUUAUGCAAAUCAUUCAUACACUUAUGACAGAAUAGGGGUGUGUGAGAGGGCUUUUGUUAGUGGAUAAGUAGGUUGUGGUCUACCUGGCUUCCUAUGCUCUUGGUCUUAGCUGUAGUGAAAACACCCAAGGUCUCCCAGUGUGAAAGGGCUCUGAAGUUCCACUCCCUCGUUCUACUCUACUGGCUUUUGGAUCGGCUAUGUUGUGGAUAUUGUUACGUAUGUUUAGUCCUUGGCUGCAUUUGAGACUGACUCAUUUUGAUUGGAUGAGACGAGCUAUUGUCUGUAGUGGGCUGUUUCCCAAGGUUGCUGAUGACUGACAUCGUAAUCUGUUGGACCUCUUUUUUUGUUGUUAUUUUUCUUCUACUUAGGCUCAAAGUGUUCAGAUUGAUUGUUGGCUUUAAAUUCAGACUUGUUUUUGUAUAUUUAUUUCUCACUGUGUUUAAGAGAGAGUGUGUAAAUGUGAUAGUGAAUGUCUUCUGUGUUUGAACUGACUGGUACUAGACUUUGACUGUCCAAGCUAAAUGAACAUGUGCUUUAGGGAAAGAGUUCAUCUUGAGCUUGCAUUUUUGAUUGUCCUUUAUUAUUCUAAUUUAAGCACUGAUCCAAAUACAGAUCCAAUACUGCCUGCUGAGUUUCUGGUGUUUUGGAGGCCUGGUUAAUACAUUUUGACACAAUGUUAACUGUUCAAUUAACUUGCUAAGGAUAUUGAAAUGUGACGCCUGGUUCCCUCUUUUUCCUCAUGUAUUUUUACUGUAAUGGCACAUGUUGUUUUUUCAUAGAAAAGUAAGGUACAGAUUAAUAAUGUUAUAUGUAACGGUUUACACCAUGUUUGAAGCACAGAACAUCUAGAAGUGUAAGAUGAUACCGCUUGCAGGCAAUUCCUUGAAGUGAACUUUGCCUGUGCUGCUAGUGGCAUGAAACCAUAUAUCCCUUGGACUGGUCGUUUAUCAUAGACUACUAUCUGUAACGUGACAUUACACUGAAGGUAAUGCCGUUGGCCACAAGGGGGUGUUAUUUUCUUCCACAUAACACCUUUUAUUAUGUUCUAGGUACCUUUUUAUAGACUAGAGCAAUUGGGGUAGGUCCAUUGAUGCCUACUUUUCCUUCAAUAUACUUAAAUGAACUGUGCGUAGUUGUGGAGGACCGCUGUGUGGUAGUCAACCAUUUGUGUAUUCGUACAUUUGAAACCUUAUAACUAGGUCGGUUGGAUCAAAGAUGUUCAGCGCUCCUACAACUGUUAUGACUAUAAGCUGUGCUUGUACUAUUAUGGGCUGUUUGAUUUGGUUUUGUAGCCUGUAGAUCAUUUCUGUGAGGAUUAAAUGGAGGAACUGUACCAUUGUUCAUUAAAAGUCAUUAGCUUUC